GCAGACGCAGCGUAAAGUGGGACGCAUUCUGAGCCAUUGUGAAGAGAAAAAGAUUGUGGCUGCAAAGUUAGGGGAUAAUUACAUCUGGACUGAGUUUGUUCGGUGAUGAUUAUAUAAUCACCAACAUUCGUGCGGCUAAAGUGUGACGCUAUAAACUUAAAUCAUUCGUGAAGCAAAUAACGCACAAUAAUGGACGCGGCCGUCAAACAAGAAAUUAAUGGUACGCCAUUGCCACAGCGUCAGCAGCAACAGCAUGUCGGCGGAGGUGGUGGUGGUGGCAGUGGCGGCGUCGUAGUCGGACCUGGCGUUGGUCCUAACCCUGGUAACCAGGGUGGUGGCGGUAACCAAAGUGGAGCUGAACAGCAGCAGCAGCAGCAGCACGGUGGACCUGGCGGUGCCAAGGGAAAUAUGCAUCGCAAUAACCGAAAUAACAGCAAAAAUCGGGCCAGUCUGCCAGGCAAUCGCAAUCGUGGUCCGGGUGUCGGCGGUGGUGGCAACAACAUGGGUCCCAACAUGGGUGGAAACAUGGGCCCCGGCAACAAUCGGCCGGGCAAUAACGGGCCCAACAAUGCCCAGCAACAAGGCGGUGACGACGGUGGCCCGCACAUGAACCGUGGCGGCAUGAACCGCGGAAAUCGAGGAGGAAACGAUAUGGAGAAUAGUUUUAGCGAGCGCCGUCGCGGUGGUGGUGGUGACGGAUAUUUCAUAAAUGAAAAAUUGCGGCUAUUAUCCGGACCGCUACUUGACAUCCCUCCGAUUGAGGCGGGCGAGGCGAAAUUUUCCGGACGCAACCGUCUAUACGUGGGUAAUCUAACGAAUGAUGUGACAGAGGAAGAAUUAAUCGAGAUGUUCCGACCGUUUGGCGAGGUUAAUGAGAUGUUCAUGAAUAAGGAGAAAAAUUACGCCUUUGUGCGCGUAGACUACUUCUCGAACGCCGAAAAAGCCAAGCGCGAACUGGAUGGUACCGCACGUAAGAACCGUGUGCUCCGUGUACGGUUCGCUCCCAAUGCCACCGCUAUUCGCGUGAAGAACCUCACGGCGUACGUGACGAAUGAGCUGCUGUACAAGGCGUUCGAGGUGUUUGGUCCGCUCGAGCGCGCCGUAGUCCAGGUGGACGAGCGCGGCAAACCAACCGGUGAGGGUAUCGUUGAGUUCAAGAACAAACCCGGCGCGAUGGCUGCCAUUCGUUAUUGCACGGAAAAGUGCUAUUUUCUCACCUCGUCACUGCGCCCGGUCAUCGUCGAACCUUACACGUAUCAGGACGAUAACGAUGGUCUGCCAGAGAAGUCUCUGAACAAAAAGCAGAACGAAUUCGUCAAAGCACGUCAGAUGGGACCUCGUUUUGCUGAAAACGGUUCGUUUGAAUACGAGUACGGCCAGCGCUGGAAACAUAUGCAUGAAAUGUACCGCCAGAAGGCCGAAGCACUAAAGCGCGAGAUGACAAUGGAAGAGGAGCAGCUUGAGGCCAAGAUGGAGUUUGCCCGAUACGAGCACGAAACGGAACAGCUACGCGAGCAAUUGCGCCAACGUGAGAUGGAUCGCGACCGACAGAAGGCCGAAUUGGAGAUGCGCGAACGCCAAGUGCAAGUGCAGCGACAGCGCAACGACAUUCAGGUGAAAACAGAAAUCGAUGAAAUGACCAACCGGAUCAAGCGCUCGGAUGAAGAGUUGGAUCGCAGACAAAAGGAAAACAACAUGUUCAUGAAGCAAAACCAACAAAUGAAUUUGUUGGAUCAACAGCAGCAGCAAAUGAACGAGAUGGGUGGAAUAAUGAAUGUUAACGACAACCGACGCAACUUCGACAUGAACCAAGGUGGUGGUGGUGGUGGUGGUGGCAAUGGAAAUUUUAUGGAACCGACGAUCAGAGAUUACGAUCAUGGUCAGAACCGACCUACUCGGUUCGACGAUGGACAGCAGCAACAGCAGCAGCAGCAACAACAGCAACAAAUGCACCAGCAGCAGCAACAACGUGGAAACAAUUUCGGCAAUCGUAACAAUUGGAUGAACAAUACGCCGGACCGUCGCGGCGUUAAUAACGAUGAUUUCCAGAACAAGCGGAGACGCUUCUAAGCCGCGGCUAUUGAAGCUUUACACUCAGAUUGGCUUAAUGUGUAAUAAAAGCUUUCACUUUUUGUGUUCCUAGCUAUUUUGCUUUCUAGAGAUAUCCCGCAUUGAAGGGAUUAUUUGUCGCCCUUUUCUGCUAUGUCGAGGACGCAAUGCUGGCAAUGGCUAAUCGAGCAUGUAAUAUUCCACAAUGUAUAAAAUGGGGUGAAAAUGUUUUUCAACAUGCACUAUUUGCAUGCUCGGCGAUCAAAGGAAACAUUCUUUUCUUUAUUAGUGUCAGUAUCAUUCACGCUCAUGUUCAAAUUUAAUUAGCUUCCCACUUGAACCUAUAUGGGUUACACAACGUUUGAAUUUAAGACGUACUUCAAUCUACAAAUUAAUCAAUUUGAGUUGGUUUUAAUUUUAGAUAUGUGGGGGGUUGGGCAUAUUGCUGGGCUUGGGUGAUGAAGAUGGAUGAUAAAGAAGUCGACAAAAACUUCAUUGAUCGUUUAAGAUCGAUCCAAUAAUUUCUAAAAAAACAACAUAAUAACACGUUUGAUUCAUCGUAUGUGUAUAUUAUCUGGUAUCAACAAGUUGUUCAACCUAAAAUUAGAAACACUUACUCGUAUAUGUGUUAAACAAGUUAGCAAUCUAAAAUAUAUUUGCCGUUAGGCGCCUUUUCUGUCACUAAGAGAGGUUCCUUCUGAAUGACCAUUUGAUAGUCGAUAGAGUUUCAUCUCAAUUUCAUCCAGUCAACAUUUGAGAUUCUGGUUCUUAUAACCGAGCAAUUUUUAGGCUAUUCAAGUAUUUGAGCAACAAUGACCUCCGUGCACCAAACCCCGCCGCGCCACCUUUAAAAAGCAAAAUAAUCAAUGAAUACAAAUACGAAUUUGAACAUUUUGAGUAGUAAUAAUGACACUGUCCUUUGAAUUCAGAUUUAAUUAAAUUAGACAAGAUUCCUUUUUCCCCUGCCAGACAACGACGACGAUGGUCACACGGUAUAUUAUAUGGUCUAUCUUUAUUGAAUGAUGAGAGUAGUAUUUGACAUGUUUAAGCGAUCGAAAACACCUUACAACAACCUUUACGUUGACACCUUGUGAACAACACUAUGCGUAAAAUAUCGUACAUACAACGUAUCGUACAGAUGCGUAAAUUGAUGCAAAUUCAGAUUGGCCUACCAUUUUGAUGGUACAACAAUUCAAUUUAUUAUUUUGUCUCUACUAAAAGAAGAAAAAAUCAGAUUUGAGGAUUUAUUUUGAAAAUACAUUUCGACUGCAUUCAAACAGUU